UUAUGACACUUUACAAUUUUUACCAUAAUGAAAAAUAACCUAUGCGCACCGUGAACAGACUUUUACGAAGGUUAUCUGGUUAUUUUUUACAAUCAGCUGUGCUUUGUUUUUGUCGUCAGUACAAAGAAACUUCAAUUUAAAUUUGAAAAUCAAUUGUACACAAAAUGCCUAAAAAGAGUAUAAAAAAUCAAAUUAUAGACUUGAAAAUAAAUGCAGCUAUUAAAGAUCUUGUACUUAUCGAAGACAUGGCACACUACUACCAAUGGCAUGCUCUCAUUGGUGAAAGAAUGGAUGAACUACUAGAUGAUGUAAGAACAAUCACAUCUUUUCGACAAGGGGAUGAACUAAGUGUGCCGAAAUCCAUUCAUUGGCUGGAUAAUAUUUUAUGUUGUUUUGACGAAGGACGAUUUUUGCAAAUGUUACGUGCCAACAAGAGUCAACUUGCUCGUCUUGUUGAAAUAUUUGCAAAUGAUAUAAUAUUCAAAGCUCCAGGAUCUAAUAUGCAACUGCCCGUGGAUCUACAACUCGCGAUAGUACUAUUCCAUUUAGGCUCUUCAGGAGAAAGUACAUCAGUGCGAAAAGUCGCGACAACUUUUGGAGUGGAAAAUGGUAGCACUCUGACUAAAAUUACCCAGAGAGUAUUUUCAGCAAUUUUAAGGAAAUUACCGGCAUACAUUCGAUGGCCUAGUGCGACUGAGCGUAGGCAACUCAUUGCUCAUACUUUAUAUCUAGAUUAGUAUAAGUUACAUAUAUUAAAUUGUAUUUAUAUUA